AAUAAUAGAUAACGUGGUUUCUAUCUUGCUAUUUUAAAAUACUAAGGGGUAGUAUCGUCUUUUCAUGUUGAGAAAAGAUGAAGCCGAGCAAAGAGCCAAAGGGGCGGAGCCGCCAUUCUUCUCCGCUCAAGGACCGAACCACCGCUCCCUCCCCCCGUUUCGAACGACGGAGUAGCUCACCGCCCAAGCCUCGCGCCUCUGUGCUUCUCAAGCGGGAUCUCGUCAUCACCGACGUCACUGCCACUGCUCGCUUCGAAGAAGAGCUCGCAACUUCUUUGUCUUUUAAUAACAACCCGCGAAGCUUUCCGUAUACCGUGAAGCAGCAGUGCUGGGACAAGGCGGAGAAGAUCAAAGGUCGGGACCCGGACCGGUGGCGACGUGACCCUCUCGGAAACACCAUUUUCCGGAAGCUCGUGGGUUGCCCCGGUUGCCUCUGUCACGAUUACGACCACAUUGUGCCAUACUCUAAGGGAGGACAAAGUACGCUCGAAAAUUGUCAGAUCUUACAGGCAACGGUCAAUCGAUCAAAAGGAAAUCGAACUGAGUUUUCUAGGGCCGAGCUCAUCCAGAAGAGUUCUUACUGUCGGGUUUCAGGUAAUCUCAAGAAACACCAAAUUCUUGUGGAAGUUCUUCCAGGGAUGAAUUCAACUAAUUUAGGAGAGCAAGUGACAGCGUAUCGCUUUGAAAUGUAGGUAGUGACAUGGAUCUUCUCGAACUGUCAGCCUAUGGCAAUGUCCGUCGGGGACAAGAUUCAGGGGGAUGUAGAAUCCAAUGACAAUUUACGACGUUGUGUAACUUCUUGUAGAAUUCAUCCUAGCAUUGAAGGGGAAACUGGAAACUAGUAUUGCUACAUGUUCUCCCAGUUGGACAGGAAAUAUUUGUAUCAAGCUGCACUGCACAGAAUGUCAUCCCUUGCCUUUUAAUAUAUGAGAAAUUUGGCUCAGCAUUUUCUUCA